UUGCUGUAGGCGAGGGUUCCUGUGUGCUGAAGACUCUACUGAGAUACAGAAUAUGGAGUAAUAAGUGAUGGUGUGAAACUCUAUAUCUAAAUGAUACCCGAUUGAUUCCAGCUCAUCAGGAAGAACAUCUGCUGUCAUUCGUAGCCACACUACUGAAGAAAGCAACUCAAGCAUUAAAAUGCUUUUGAGUACUCUUGACGAAUGUGAACUGUAGCUGUAUGAUUGGUAAAGCACAAGGAAGUGUAAGUUAAAGAAACUGAAAGUCGAAUGGUGGAAAAUGAGUGUGUUUAAAAAGCAGUACCGUCCCUCUGCUGAAGUCUUUAGAAGAUCGUUGUCGGAACAGGGGAGUGGAAGUACAAAAGUUGCAGCUAAUUUGAAGGACUAUCAAUGGUACUACCAAAUGAAGAGUAAGAGGACACAUGAACAAGCUGUUUCAGACCUAGGGAAGUCACUCGGUGCAUACAGGUGGCAGACGCAUCCCAGGUUUCUCUGGAAGGGGAGCAAGAGAGAGUUGUCUCACAGUCUUAAAUGGAAACAUAAUCAGCUAAGUCCUAUUGAAUGCCCUUUGAGGAUGGACAAUAGUGGUGCUGAUGAUCUCCAGGAAGACCCAGCAAGAAAGAUGAGCCAGGCAGAUAGUAUACCAUUUCGAGUUCCAUUCAGCAGGUCUAUGUCUGAGCCUGCACCACACUGGAGAAAUAGACGUGUAAAGCCAUUUCUGCAACCAGUACGCUCAGUAGAUUGUGAGCAACAGGGAUAUUUCAUCCAUGGUAUCUUCUCUACACUUUCAAGUGGCUUUUCUAAGAUGUUGACCCGAAAAGGGGAGCCCAGCACUGAACCAGUGAAUGAAUGGGGGAUGGACUGUAAUCAGAUUGAUUUGAAUACAGAUGUGAAAGGGCCACCUACCCACAGACUGUCCUGCGGCCAGUCUCCCUGCACUGAAACUACAACAUGGGAGAGAAAAUAUUGCAUCCUGACGGACAGUCAGCUGGUGCUGCUCAACAGGGAGAAGGAGAUGCCUGUGGAGGGGGUACAGGAGCAGGAGGCAGAAUCUACCAAAGGGCGGUGCCUGCGACGUACAGUAAGCGUCCCAUCUGAGGGUCAGUUUCCUGAAUAUCCACCAGAGGGAGCCACUAAGCUUGAGGUCCCAGCAGAGAGGUCUCCUCGCAGAAGGAGCAUCUCAGGAACCAGCACAUCCGAGAAAACCAACUCCAUGGAUGCUUCAAACACCUCUCCUUUCAAAGUCCCAGGCUUCUUCAGCAAACGUCUGAAAGGCUCCAUCAAGAGGACAAAGAGCCAGUCAAAGCUGGACAGGAAUACAAGUUUCCGUCUUCCAUCUAUCCGCAACGCUGAUGACAGGUCUCGUGGACUGCCAAAGCUGAAAGAAUCUCGUUCACAUGAGUCUUUACUUAGCCCGGGCAGCGCAGUGGAGGCAUUGGAUCUUGGGAUUGAAGAGAAAGUCUUUGUCAAACCACUUCACAGCAGUAUCCUUGGACAAGACUUCUGCUUUGAGGUAACCUACUCCAGCGGCAGUAAAUGUUUCAGUUGUUCCUCUGCAGCAGAGAGAGACAAGUGGAUGGAAAACCUACGCAGGACAGUGCAGCCUAACAAGGACAACUGCCGUCGAGCCGAGAAUGUGCUCCGUCUCUGGAUCAUUGAGGCCAAGGACUUGGCCCCCAAGAAGAAAUACUUCUGUGAGCUGUGCCUUGACGACACUCUGUUUGCCCGCACCACCAGCAAAACAAAAGCAGACAACAUCUUCUGGGGCGAACACUUUGAGUUCUAUGGCCUCCCGCCCCUCCAUAGCAUCACAGUUCACAUCUAUAAGGAUGUGGAGAAGAAGAAGAAAAAAGACAAGAAUAACUAUGUAGGACUGGUCAACAUCCCCAUGGCCAGUGUGACUGGCCGUCAGUUUGUGGAAAAGUGGUACCCAGUCAGCACACCUACCCCCAAUAAAGGGAAAUCAGGGGGGCCUUCCAUUCGGAUCAAGUCCCGAUACCAGACCAUCACCAUCCUCCCCAUGGAACAGUACAAAGAAUUUGCAGAGUUUGUUACUAACAACUACACCAUGCUGUGCUCAGUGCUGGAGCCUGUGAUCAGCGUGAGGAACAAGGAGGAGAUGGCCUGUGCUUUGGUGCACAUUCUUCAAAGCACUGGCAGAGCCAAGGACUUCUUGACCGAUCUGGUGAUGUCUGAGGUAGAUCGCUGUGGGGAGCAUGAUGUUUUGAUCUUCAGGGAGAAUACGCUUGCCACCAAAGCCAUUGAGGAGUACCUAAAGCUGGUAGGACAGAAGUAUCUUCAUGAUGCACUAGGGGAAUUCAUCAAGGCUUUGUAUGAGUCAGAUGAGAACUGUGAAGUCGAUCCCAGCAAAUGUUCAUCCAGUGAAUUAACUGAUCAUCAGAGCAACCUGAAAAUGUGUUGUGAGCUGGCCUUUUGCAAGAUUAUCAACUCCUACUGUGUGUUUCCUCGUGAGCUGAAGGAGGUGUUUGCAUCCUGGAAGCAGAAGUGCCUCAGUCGGGGCAAGCAGGACAUCAGUGAACGCCUGAUCAGUGCCUCACUCUUCCUCCGUUUCCUGUGCCCGGCUAUCAUGUCCCCUAGUCUCUUCAGUCUCAUGCAGGAGUAUCCUGACGACCGGACAUCUCGCACUCUGACACUCAUUGCUAAAGUCAUUCAGAACCUCGCCAAUUUUGCUAAGUUUGGUAAUAAAGAGGAGUACAUGGCCUUCAUGAAUGAUUUCCUGGAACAUGAAUGGGGGGGAAUGAAGCGCUUUCUGCUGGAGAUCUCUAACCCGGACACCAUCUCAAACACCCCUGGGUUUGAAGGCUACAUUGACUUGGGCAGGGAGCUCUCAGUUUUGCACUCGCUAUUAUGGGAGGUUGUGUCCCAACUUGAUAAGGGUGAAAAUUCCUUCCUACAGGCGACCGUGGCAAAACUUGGACCCCUCCCUCGCAUUCUUGCUGAUAUCACCAAGUCAAUGACCAAUCCUACGCCAAUACAGCAGCAGCUGCGGCGUUUCACCGAGCACAGCUCUAGUCCAAAUGUCAGUGGCAGUCUCUCCUCAGGGCUUCAGAAGAUAUUCGAGGACCCCACUGACGGUGACUCACAUAAACUGAAAUCUCCAACCCAGGAAAAUAUAGAUGGGUAUUUUCGAGGGAAAACCUUACUGUUGGUUCAGCAGGCAUCCACCCAGAGCAUGACUUACUCAGACAAGGACGAGAGGGAGAGCAUACUGCCCAAUGGACGUAGCGUCUCCCUCAUGGACCUGCAGGACCCCCAUGCAACUCACAGUGAUCAUGCAUCCAUCCUGCACGAUGUGCCUUUGCGUCUGGCAGGCAGCCAGCUCUCUAUAACACAGGUGGCCAACAUCAAACAACUGCGGGAGACUCAGAGCACGCCACAGAGCGCUCCCCAAGUAAGGAGACCACUGCACCCAGCCUUGAAUCAGCAGGGCAGCCUCCAGCCCCUCGCCUUCCAGAAUCCGGUUUACCAGCUGAACAACCCUCCUCCACCAAUGCCAAAGGCCUCUGUGGACUCCAGCUUGGAGAACUUAAGCACUGCCAGCUCCCGGAGCCAAAGUAACAGUGAAGACUUCAAACUCAGUGGACCCAGCAACAGCAGCAUGGAGGACUUCACCAAACGCAGCACACAGAGUGAGGACUUUACCAGACGGCACACUGUGCCAGACAAGCAUGUACCUAUGGCUCUGCCCCGGCAGAACAGCACUGGGCAGGCACAGAUCCGUAAAAUGGACCAGGUUGGGUUGGGCGCCAGGGCCAAAGCACCACAGUCCCUGCCACAUAGCGCUUCCUUGCGGAGCACAGGGAGCCUCUCAGCAGCUUCAGGUGCAAUGGUGACAGAGCCAGUUCAGAAUGGGAGCCGGUCGCGGCAGCAGUCCUCGUCCUCCAGAGAAAGCCCUGUCCCCAAAGUGAGGGCAAUUCAGCGGCAGCAGACACAGCAGGUUCAGUCACCUGUGGACUCAGCCACAAUGUCACCAGUGGAAAGGACAGCUGCAUGGGUUCUGAAUAACGGGCAGUAUGAAGAGGAAGAGGUGGAUACAGAGCAGCAUCAAGAUGAAGUCAAGCAUGCUGAGAAGUACGAGCAAGAGAUAGCAAAGCUGAAGGACCGUCUGAAAGUGUCAAGCCGUCGAUUGGAGGAGUAUGAGCAGCGCCUUCUGGUGCAGGAGCAGCAAAUGCAGAAGCUGCUGAUGGAAUACAAGACGAGGCUGGAAGAUAGUGAGGAACGACUGCGCAGGCAGCAGGAGGAGAAGGACAGUCAGAUGAAAAGCAUCAUUAGCAGGCUAAUGGCGGUCGAAGAGGAGCUGAAGAAGGAUCAUGCUGAGAUGCAAGCAGUCAUUGAUGCAAAGCAGAAAAUUAUUGAUGCACAGGUCAUAAAUGGGGAUGAGAUAAUUCAAACAGGAGAAGCGGAUCGUGUCUCUGGACUCAGCCAACACUCGGCUGAUGAGUGCUCUGACACAGGUGAAGGAGCGCUACAGCAUGCAGGUCCGCAAUGGCAUCUCCCCCACCAACCCCACCAAGCUUUCCAUCACGGAGAAUGGUGAAUUCAAAAACAGCAGCUGCUAACAGGUUAGAUGCUGCUGGCCAUCUUCCCGGGGCAGGGCAGAAGGAAGCAGACUCAAGAAAGCCAAACACAGACUCCUUACAGGUUUACAGAAUGCUGCUAAAAGAAAAACUCUGGAGUUGGGCAAUAGAGCCCACCAUUCAGACCAGGAUAAUAAGGGCAAGGGCCCUCCAUAUUGCUGUGUGUAUAUAUAUAUAUAUAUAGGGAACCUGUUGUGGGCCAUGUACAGAAAAUGCCACUGUAAUAUACCAAAAGGAAGUCAACCAUGUAGAUUUUUUUUUAAUUAUUGCUAUUUUUAUUAUUAUUUUUUCCUCUUGUUCAAAGCACUGCAGGUCCUUGAAGAGGGAGAGAGAAGAGUGUGUGUGCACAUGUCCGGUGUGGGUGAGGGCGUGAGCGAGAGAGACAGAAGCAGUUGGUUACUUAGAAGCUGCACAUAUCAGGGUGAUUGAUACAAGCACAUGGAGUGAAGUGAAAUAUUAGUUAAAUGAAUUAUAAAAGCGACUCGUCUGCCAAUUUUAACCUCCUCUUCCCCAGUUCUUUAACUGAAAACGAACUCCACAUCCAAUCUUCGCACAGGCUUCUGUAUCUGCUAUUGCUGGAAUAUAGGCAAAAGGCUAUUCCAGUCUCUCUGAGCAUACUGGGUAGGAACUCUUUGGAGCAGUAAGCUCAUCUCCUUGUGGUCUGCCCAAAGCCAGGCUUUUCACCUAACAGACAAAGGGAAUUUGCAGUUUUAAAGGUGGGAUAUUUUUACCCCAGUUAUAGUAAGGUUUGAUUUUUCCUUUUUAGAGUUUACGGAACUGUAAAUACCUGUGUUUUUUUGACCUUCAGUCCAAUUCCCAGUGUGCACACAGUCCAUUGUCUCAAUGCAAUAGCUAUCCAAAUCUGGGCUCCACUCUCCAUUGGAAAUAAUCAGCUUAGUACCCUAAGGAAAGGGCUAACCAAAGGGCAUCCAGGCUCCGUGCAAUAGAUCAGUGAACGUAAAAUAAAACUUGCCUACUUUGUUUAUUUUUAACUUUGUCUUGUUCAGUUUCACUUUCACCGUUUCACCCAUUGGGUUAUCAGAUAUCACAAAAUCCAGAGAUGCUUUCUCCAGACUACGCAUGAUUUUUUAACAUCUCCACCCCACCCAAAUUAAAUUUGCCUUUCUGUUAA